GACAUCGAUGACGUUUAUGCUUUUUUGUCACCGGAAUAUUGGAGCUUUCGCGCAAAUUGAAGCAUUUUUUGGAGUGAAAUUCCGUGGAAAUUAUUAGUGAUAGUGGAUAGGUGGUCAGAAGAUAGACUUCUAGACAUCCUUAAGUAGCUGAUAAGGAAAAAACACAAUGAGGUUCCUAGUUUUGGGGCUCCUGGGGCUCCUGGUCACAUUCGCCGGCGGAGUAGAUAGGAAUAAUUUUAAGACUUGCGAUCAAAGUAGCUUCUGCAGACGCUGCCGGAAAGUUGAGGGAGGGGAUUCUCCCUACGAAUUGCAAUUGUCCACAGCCAAGACAUUCCCUGACCAUGUAACUGUAGAUGUCUUGAACAAAGACAAUGAUCAAGUGUUUGUGCUGAAAGUUGUUGGUUUGAAAGGGAAUAAAUUCCACGUGGAAAUUGAUGAGAAAUCCCCUUUAAAGCCUCGGUAUCGCGUCGUUGAUGCCCUCAAUGGCAAUCCAGCCACAGAGAGUGUCAGUGUUAAGAAGGGUGAGGGUACCAUUGAGGUAGAAACAGGGCCAAAUCGCGCAGUUCUCGUGGCAUCUCCCUUCCGGAUUGACUUCUUCCACGGGGAAGUGCUGCAAGUGUCAGCCAAUGCCAAGGGUCUCAUGAAAUUCGAACAUCUCCGGAAGAAGCCUGAACCUGUGCCCCAAGAGGCCGAGGAGGCCCCUGAGGGAGCUCCAGAGGAAGAUAACAAUAUCGAAAGGCCCAAGAGCUCCGAAGAUGAUGAUCCUGGAUCUUGGGAAGAGAAUUUCAAGUCCCAUCACGACAGUAAACCCAAUGGCCCCGAAGCCAUUGCCAUGGACUUUACCUUCCCCGAGGCAGAGGUUCUCUUUGGAAUCCCUGAACAUGCCGAUUCGUUCGCUCUGAAACCAACUUUGGGAUCUGAACCCUAUCGUCUGUACAAUUUGGACGUCUUUGAGUACGAACUGGACAGUCCAAUGGCCCUCUACGGCUCAAUCCCUGUGAUCUACGGGCACGGGGAGGGCAAUACCGCGGGAGUUUUCUGGCAGAAUGCCGCAGAAACUUGGGUGGACAUCUACAAUUCCAACGCCAAGAAGAACGUCAUGUCGUCAAUUGUGAACUUUGUGUCUCGAGGAUCUAGUCAAACGGAGCCCCUAGCUGCCCAUUUUAUGUCCGAAAGUGGCAUUGUGGACUUCUUCGUCCUCCUGGGGCCCACUCCAAUGGACGCAUUCACGCAGUACACAGAUCUGACUGGCACAGCUCCUCUGCCCCAGAUAUUCUCCCUGGGCUACCAUCAAUCCCGCUGGAAUUACAAUGACGAAGCUGACGUUGCUUCAGUGCACGACAAAUUCGACGAUCAUGACAUUCCGUUGGACACCAUUUGGCUGGACAUUGAGUACACAGACGCUAAGAAGUACUUCACGUGGGACGGGCACAAAUUCCCGCAUCCCUUGGAUAUGAUCCGGAAUCUCACGGAGCGUGGUCGUCAUCUUGUCAUCAUCAUUGAUCCGCACAUCAAACGCGAUUCUGGCUACUUCUUCCACAAUGACUGCACCGAUCGCGGUUACUACGUGAAGAACAAGGAUGAGCGAGAUUAUGAAGGAUGGUGCUGGCCAGGAGCAACGAGCUAUGCCGACUUCUUCAAUCCGGACGUGAGUCAGUAUUAUGCGGAUCAGUAUCAAUUGGAUAAGUUCGAUACGACGACUGCGGACGUUUUUUUGUGGAAUGACAUGAAUGAACCUUCGGUGUUCAAUGGUCCGGAAGUGACAAUGCUCAAGGACAACAUCCAUUUUGGCGGCUGGGAACAUCGAGAUGUGCACAAUCUCUACGGACAUAAGCACAUCGAGGCGACUUUUGAUGGCCUGGUGCGUCGCAGCGGCGGUGUCCAGAGACCCUUCAUUCUGUCCAGAGCUCACUUUGCAGGAAGUCAGCGCUUCGCGGCGAUCUGGACGGGAGACAAUGCAGCUGAAUGGGGUCAUUUGCAGGCUUCGGUGAAGAUGUGUCUGUCAGAGGCAGUGGCCGGGAUGAGUUUCUGUGGAGCCGACGUCGGUGGAUUCUUUGGCAAUCCCGAUGCGGAAUUGUUCGAAAGGUGGUACCAGGCUGGUGCCUUCUUACCCUUCUUCAGAGCUCACUCUCACAUUGAUACCCGUCGGAGGGAGCCCUGGCUCUUCCCGGAAGCCACAAUGAUGGUCGUCCGGGAUGCCAUCCGGCGACGCUACAGCUACCUCCCUUUCUGGUAUACACUGUUCUUCGAGCACGAACGCACCGGGCGUCCUGUGAUGCGUCCUCUUCUAACUCACUAUCCCCUGGACAAGGAGACCUAUGCCAUUGACUAUGAAUUCCUCCUCGGAGAUGUCCUACUCGUUCGUCCGGUUCUUCAGCAAGGAGUGUCCAAGGUGGACGUGUACUUCCCGUCAGUCGACGGGAAGAAACAGGGUGAUCUUUGGUAUGACGUCGAUGACUUCAGGAAGAUCACAACGGCCGGUUUUGAAACUGUUCCCGUGACCAAUCUUAAGAUUCCGGUUUACCAACGCGGAGGAACGAUUUUGCCGAAGAAGGAACGUAUCCGACGAGCAGCAACGCUCAUGACGCAUGAUCCGGUGACUCUGAUGGUGGCUCUGGACAAAGAACACUCAGCCCGAGGGACUCUCUACUUGGAUGACGAGAAGACGUACGACUACCGCAACGGGAAGUACACCUACCUAAAUCUGGAAUUCAAGGACAACGUACUCACUGCCAAGAAAAAUGAUGAGAAGGCCAAUUACGAUACAAAAUCGUGGUUGGAGCGCGUUGUGAUUGUCGGACUGGAUCACGUACCGAAAUACGCAACGUUAGAUAUGAGUAGAUUGUCCGAGUCGGUGACUCUUGAGGUCAUGAAGCAGGGUGAAAGUGUCAUCAUCCGGAAGCCUGGGGUUAUUUUGUCACAAGAGUGGACAAUUCAGCUGCACUAUUAGUUUAUCAACAUUUCCCCAAUUAAUUCCCUGUGUCUAUUGAUUCAACUGAGAUUGGGGAUUGGAGAGGAGCCAAUUGUAGAGAUUUUAUAGUGUUGAAGAAUAAAGUUUAAGUUUCAUUUUGAUAUCAUUGCAUUUGUAGAGAGAAAAAAAUAGAGAAUGAAAGGAUGAUUAUGAGUUUUUUUUGGAUUAAAAGAAACUUCCCAAAAAUAGUCAA